AUGGCACCUCCAAAACCGUCAACUUCCGCUAACCCGGACACAAUUGCUACGAGUAUGCAAGAUUUGACAUUGACCAAUGGAAAGGGCAUGCAAGAAACUCUUGACGGCUGUCCUCCUCGACCCGGCUACGGUACUUCUGGCAAAGCCAUUCAGGUCAGCGCCAAUAUGUAUGCUGCUCGAUUCAAAGGUCAAGGUGCAACUGUAAACCACUAUGAUAUCGAAAUCAACCCUGUUGUCAAAGUUGCAAAUCAGAAAAAACCUCGAGCUCUUUUGCUAAAGAUUUGGGAUCAGAUGUGCAAAGAAGCCAAGGGCGAUAUAAAGAAGGUGUUGGAUGCCGCUGCCUAUGAUCAAGUAAAAAGCUUUUACAGCCCAUACGAGCUUCCCAUGCAGGGCGACAAAUGCGAGAUCCUCAUCGCCCUUCGAGAAGAUGGUAAAGAUCCCAAGGAUGAUACACGAAGGUUUAAAGCAGUCAUCCAGCUCGCCAACAGAGUUGACCUUGAUUCCAUCGUUGACUACUGUCACGGUAGCAAACAAAGCGAGCAGGUUCGAGCUAUGAUGCUUGUUGCCAUUCAAGCAAUGAACGUUCUCUUCAGACAAGAUCCAGCUCAAAAGUAUGCCAUGUCGGGGGCCGCCGGCAGGCGAUUCUUCACACAAGAGGAUGCGUUCCCUCUUUCCAAUGGCGGUGUCCUUUACAAAGGGUUUCAACAGUCAUUUCGAUGGACUUCAUCUGACUUUCCAGCACUUCAAAUUGACACUGCCUACUCCGCUUUCGUUGAGCCUGGAAUGCUUCCCGACGUCGCCGCUAAACUCUUAGGUAUGGGUGGUGGUUCAGGUGGGGGUGGAAGAGGUGGCUUCAGAGGUGGUAGAGGAUUUGACCGAGGGGGCAGAGGAGGACGAGGUGGUGGCCCUUCUCAGCAAGGCGCCGGCGGCGCUGUGCCCGCUAUUCAAGAUUUGAACCCUAUGCAAAUCAGGAAAUUGACCGAUAUUUUGAAUGGCGCGAAAUUCAAGGUCACUCAUAGAGCUACCGAUCGAAUUUUCUCUAUAAUGGGUAUCUCUCCUCGACCCGCCGAAGCUCUCAAAUUCAAUGUUAAAGGAGAAGAUGGCAACCCCGACAAACAAGUAGGCGUUGUUCAAUACUACCAAGACAAAUACAAGGUAAAAGUCACACGACCAAGACUUCCAUGUGUCAAGUAUGGAAAAGGAAAUUACAUUCCCUUGGAGUUCGUAAAGCUCGAACCGUUUAAUUCUAUUCCCAUGGUCAGACUUACCGCUGAUCAAACUGCCGAGAUAACUAAGCCUCCUCCAGAGCGAGAGGCUGCUAUCAACGGCUGGAGAGCCAAGCUUAAUUACCAGAAUUUACCCAAACUCAAGGCUUGGGGCGUGGAGGUCAAUGGCGCGAUGAUGAAGAUCCCAGCUCGUGUAUUGCAACCUCCCAAUGUCCUUUACGGGCAAAGCAAAAGCAUCAGAGCGAAUUUCGGUGCUUGGAAUCUCAAGGCUGUAAAGUUUACAAAACCGGGUAAACCCCUCAAGUCAUGGUCUGUUAUCUCCUUUGAUGAAAGAUGCGAUGCUAGCGACCUUCUAAAAUUCGUUACAUACUUUACCGGCGUUUUGAACCAAUAUGGCUGUAGUGUUGAGAACAAGCAACCGGAAUGUUUCCAAUGGAAGCCGGUUCAGUCCGGUAAUCAUGGCGGUAUCAAGAGCGGCCUACAAGAUGCAGCAAGGAGGGCGUAUUUACAGUCGAAAACCAAUCCUCAAUUGAUCGUGGUUGUCAUGCCCAGGAAAGAAGGAACUAUGUACAAGCAGAUUAAGGCAAUUGCAGCGGAGGGUCUCCUUAAGCCCGUUGUAACACAAUGUGUCCAGUCUCAAAAGAUCAAGAGUGAUAGAGGGAUUGAUCAGUAUUGCGGAAAUCUCGCUAUGAAAGUUCAUGCCAAACUCGGAGGUGUCACUCAUGGUGUUGCUCAUGGUAUCGACAACAAAACAAUGAUGAUCGGAGCAGAUGUCACACAUCCUCCGGCUAGAGGUGGAGAGAUUCCUCCUUCUAUCGCGGUUACCGUAUGUGCAGUCAACGGAGAAAACAACAAGUUCUCACCCGCGAUGCGUCUCCAAGAAGGUCGAGCUGAGAUCAUCCAGGAUCUUGAGAACAUGGUUUACAGCCAUAUCGUCACCUUUGAGAAGAGUACAAGAGCUAAACCCGACAAGAUCCUCUUCUUCCGUGAUGGAGUAUCGGAAGGACAGUACGCCCACUGUGUGCAGUACGAGGUUGAUGCUAUUAAGAAGGCUGCUCGAAAGUUUGAGAAUGGCAAAUACAAGCCAAAAGUGACCUUUGUCAUUUGUGCUAAGAGACACGCAAUGAGGUUUUUCGCGACCAAUGACGGAGACAAGGACAGGACCGGUAAUCUUCCACCUGGUACCGUCGUCGACUCGAAGGUUACAUCACCUAUGGUGCAUGACUUCUACCUUCAAGCUCACGCAGGUUUACAAGGAACUGCACGACCUACUCAUUAUGUCGUGGUCGCCGACGAAAAUAAGUACACUGCCGAUAAACUCCAAAAGCUGGUCAACGAUCUGUGUUACACUUUCGCUCGAGCGACUAGAUCAGUUUCUCUUGUUCCUGUAGCAUAUUACGCAGAUAUCGUCGCAGAGAAAGCUAGAGACUGGAUCUAUAACGAUGACAUGACGGAUGGUGCGGAAACUGUCUCUUCUGGCACUUCCCGUGCGAAAGACAUGACAUUUGAUCCUCUUCGUCUCAAGAAACGGAUUGAAGCUGAGACCGAGUUCAACAACGUGGCUUGGUACAUGUGA